AUGGCGUACAAUUCAAUAUCGGCUCUUCGGCAGCAGAUGAAGCCAGAUUGGAGGGUCCACAUGAUCAUUACCAACGGAGGCUCCAAGGGGAACGUAAUUCCCGACAAGGCGGCCAUGGAUGUGUGGGUCAGAGCUCCCAGUACUGAAGACCUAAAGACCCUCACCUCCAAAGUGGAAACUUGUGUCAAGGCAGCAGCUCUAGCCACCGGCUGUCAGCACAGCUUCACUCUAGAUGGAAAGGUGUUCCAAGAUAUGGAGAGCAAUGGAACACUGGCACAACUCUAUGCUCGUAACCUCAGUAGCAGCGGUUUCACCGACUUCUUGGACACUCACAAUACUGCUGGAUCGACAGAUAUGGGCAACGUCAGCCACGUCGUGCCUUCCAUUCACCCAAUGUUCAAGAUAGGUACCGGAGAGGUUUACCACACACGAGACUUUACUGCCGUCACCAACACCCCGGCCUCUCAUGACGCCACACUCGUGGUAGCUAAAGCCAUGGCCCUACACCUGCAUCGAUAUUCUGACUGA